AGUGGAGUCAGAGUGAAGUACUGGCUUGAUGCGAGACUCGUAAUUUAAGGAAUAUUGUUUUAGUAACUCUGUACAUUUGACGAGAAUUUGGAUGCGCUUCUUCCUGGGCCAGCAUUCGUUGCAAUGGGCUGUCCUGUGCAAAACGAGACGGUGUGGAUUUGGUGCUUUGGGCUGCUUUGUUCACUGGAGCUGUGCGCGGCACAGAUUUCUUACGCUGUUUCAGAGGAGGUCGAUAAAGGGAAGUUCGUGGGAAAUAUCGUAAAGGAUUUAAACAUAAAUGCACAAGAACUUGAGUCCAGAGGACUGCAGAUUGUAUCGGGACACAGUAAGAAGUAUUUUGAUGUAAAUUUGAAAACGGGCGUCCUAUUUGUCAACGAAAGGAUAGACAGAGAGGAGCUUUGCAGUAAUGCACCUAAAUGUUCGGUAAACAUAGAAGCCAUAUUGAAUAAUCCUAUGCAUCUACAUAGAAUAGAAGUGAAUAUUUUAGACAUAAAUGACAAUGCGCCAUUCUUCCAUGAAAGGUCAUACAGUCUUAAUAUAUCAGAAUUAGCAUAUACUGGAGAAAGAUUUCCCUUACCAGUAGCGAACGAUGUAGAUUCAGGAAGUAAUUCGGUUAAGAGCUACAAGCUGAGUCAGAAUGAACACUUUUCCCUGGAUGUACAGAGCGGAGGAGAACACAGUGUGUCCGCUGAGUUAGUGCUGCACAAACCUUUAGACCGAGAGAAACAGCCCGUGAUCCACCUCACACUGACCGCAGUAGACGGAGGAAAACCUCCCAGAUCAGGAACGAUGGAAAUUGUCAUUACUGUAGUGGAUGUAAAUGAUAACACUCCUAUUUUUAGCAAACAGCUUUAUAAGGUUCGUGUUUCAGAAAACAGCCCAGUCGGCACUGCGCUGAUAAAGCUCACGGCUACGGAUUUAGACGAGGGAGUGAAUGGUGAAAUUGUGUACUCCUUGAUAGAACGAGGCAGUUCAACACCAUCUGGCUUGUUCACAAUAAACCAAGAUAGUGGUGAAAUUACAGUUCUCGGGAAUUUAGAUUAUGAGGAAAAUUCGGCAUUUGAAAUACGUGCGCAGGCUAAGGACCGCGGCCAUUCGCCUCGUAGCACGCACUGUAAAGUGCUAGUGGAAGUGAUUGAUGUUAACGAUAACACACCAGUGAUCUCUGUCACAUCGAUGAUGAGAACCGUGAAGGAGGAUGCCGCUUUAGGAACAGUGGUUGCUUUAGUGACCCUCACAGACAAAGAUAGCGGGAAAAACGGCGCUUCAAAGGUAGAUCUAUUAGGCUCUGAACAUUUUAUGCUGAAGUCGUCAUACAAAAACUAUUAUUCUCUAGUGGUCAAUGGACCUCUAGACAGAGAGAGUAGGUCUCAGUAUAAUGCCACUAUCAAAGCGGUUGAUGAAGGGACGCCGUCUCUGUCCAGCACCUGUGUCAUUACUGUGCACGUUUCUGACGUGAACGACAACGCACCGCGCUUUCCAGACUCCAUUAUUAAUGUUUAUGUGAAUGAGAACAGUCAGAUCGGAGGGGUUAUUUAUACAGUAUCUGCUUUUGAUCCAGAUACAGGUGAUAAUUCAAGGAUAACGUACUCAUUACCAGAAAGUACUACAAGCCCUCCGGUAACGUCCAUAGUUAACAUAAAUUCUGAUAAUGGAGAUAUCCACAGUUUGCAGUCUUUUGAUUAUGAGAAAAUGAAAACCUUUCGCUUUACAAUUCAGGCCACAGACUCUGGAGUUCCUCCUCUGAACAGUAACGUGACUGUGAACGUUUUUAUUCUGGAUGAAAAUGACAACAGUCCUGCAAUUCUCGCGCCGUAUUCUGAACACGGUUCCGUUAACACUGAGAAUCUUCCAUAUUCCGCUGAAGCGGGUUAUUUCGUCGCCAAAAUCAGGGCUGUGGACGCCGAUUCUGGAUAUAAUGCGCUUCUUUCUUAUCACAUCUCUGAACCUAAAGGAAACAACUUAUUCCGAAUCGGAACCAGCAGUGGGGAGAUCAGGACUAAGAGGAGGAUGAGUGACAAUGACCUGAAAACACACCCCCUGGUCAUUAUGGUUUCUGAUAACGGAGAGCCCUCACUGUCAGCGACUGUGUCUAUUGAUGUCGUGGUUGCUGAAAGCGAGAGUGACAUUCAACCAAAAUUAAGACACGUUCCGAUGAAGGAGGAGAGUUUCUCGGAUUUAAAUCUGUAUUUGCUGAUCGCCAUUGUGUCGGUGUCAGUGAUCUUUUUACUGAGCCUCAUCAGUUUGAUAGCUGUGAAAUGCUACAGGACAGACGGCAGUUUCAGCAGGUACAGCGCCCCAGUGAUCACCACCCACCCUGACGGGAGCUGGUCUUACUCCAAAUCUACUCAGCAGUAUGACGUGUGUUUUAGCUCCGACACACUGAAGAGUGACGUAGUAGUUUUCCCUGCUCCGUUUCCGCCUGCAGAUGCGGAACUGAUCAGUAUUAAUGGAGGGGACACUUUUAACAGAACACAAACACUCCCUAAUAAAGAGAAGGUAAGAAAUAUAUUUUGGUUGCUUUUAGGGCCGCGGUAA